AUGACUCUCACAUCGCAUUUUGUCCGUCGCGGCAUGGAGGCUGCCCAUGGGGGUAUGCAUGGGAUGAUGGCCGCCGCAGACGACAGCCAGCAUGGUGAUGGAAAGCCACCUCAAGUCCCUCCAGUCUCCGGCCUCGUCUUCUUUCUCAGUGGUUUUGCCGUCGUCCUCUUCAUGUUUACGAUCAUCUACACCUAUGGUCACAUUCUCCCAACCCUGUGCAUGAUCGAAUCGCCCGAGACCGAAGCCUACGUCCCGGUCGAUACUAUGGAGCCAACCAAUCCUCCCGCAUACUCUGAGUCCGCUGCUCCAAAGCCCACGGAUGAAGAAGACGGGGACAUGCUCUUGGUCCGCAACAAACCGGUGACGGCGUCCAUCCGGGCAACGAUACUUCACCUUCGAGCACGAGCUGGUUACUGGUCACGACUCCGUGGUCUGUCAAUGUUCCUCGCCUGGAACAUUCUCAGCGGCAUCAUUCUUUCCAUCUUUGUUACUAUCAUUGGAACUGCAUUCGGCGGUCGACUCAGGAUUGCUUUCGGCAGUCGACUCGGAAUUGCUUUCGCCACCAUUGCUGUCGAGACGAUACUGUCAACUUUCCACAUGGGCUGGAUACAUAUCGUCAUUUCGGAGCCCAACCCAAAACGAUGGUACCAACGAAUCCCAUCAUUCAAGACCUGGCCAAAGAUUGCGCCUGCUGUUGCUCUGUGGGCCACUGCCAAUCAAGUGGUCGCCAUCUUGCCUAUGCUGGUCUGCGGCAGUUUCGGCUCUCUCAAGCACAUGGACAACCCCGACUAUACACCCGACAAGAAAGAUCUCUACGCGGUGGGCGCACAGGGCAUCAUGGGCAUGUUCCUUAGCGUCCUUCUGUUCAUUCUCCUACAGAUCCCUGCCAGCGUGACCAUGGUCAGAGUAGCUGCGUCAAUGCUGCCAGAGGAAGACGAAACAAUUGUCCCAUUCGACAGAACCUUUGGUGGCAAGACGACGCCCACGAUCCUUGGCGGUCAAGGCAAGAUUGGUCUUGUCGAGGCAUGGAGAAGCUUUGCCUGGGCCAGCCGGAUUCGUUUGGUCAAACUCAUGAUCAAGGUGGCGUUGAUCGUGAUGGCCUGCUGGUUUUUCUUCACAAUGGUCCUUGUUGCCGAAGCGCACCUCUUGUUUGGUGACAAACUCGGAGAGAUGAUGAAGGCGAUGCAUGGAGCCGUUCGACACCAUUAA